UGUUUCGUAAAACAAUUUUAUAUCUUUUUUUUGCUUUUUUAUCGAUUGAUUAUGGAGAAUCGAUUGAAGUUAUAAGUUAUAAUAUAAAGUUAAAAUCAAUGGAAAAAUAUGACGGAAUAAAAGAUCCAGUUUGGGAUCUACAAGAUUUGAAAAUGAAAAAAGUCAACAAGACACAUUAUGCUUUGGAUGGAAUUUACACUGUCCUUCGGGAUAAUAUUCCAAGGGAAGAUAUAAAGAUGUCGUUUUAUGCUGCUCGCAGAAAAGGUAAUGGAUAUGAACCAUUGCCAUUUGCUCAACUUCAUAAAAAAGAUUUUUGUGAUUGUUGGGAAAAUGAUCAAUUCGUAAUGCCAGCAAUAAAAAAUAGUAUUAACGAAACCAAUUAUAAAUGUCCACCGUUAAAGGGUACAUUUGCAUUGGUUAAAUACAUACCUGACACAAGUAAAAUUCCAGCGAAUAUACUCGACGGAUUGUAUAGAAUUAAUUACGAAUUUUAUAAUAAAGAGGAAAUGGUUGGUGGAUAUAAAAUACAUGUAGAACUUCAAAAAGACAAAAAUUUGGACGCGAAGAUUUAAUUUGCAUUCAUUAAUAUUCUUAUUUACGAUCGUAUUUUUACAAUAGAAAAAAUGGCUCUAGUAAAAGUUAUUUUGCUCGCAAGGGGUCUCUUUAUGGUGAAAUUCAAUUUCAAUCAACCAUUAAUUAUUGCUGAUCAGAUUUAACAAUUUUCCGAGCAAAACAAUUAAAUUU